AUGGGUAGAAGAGAGCACUUAACCAAGCACAAUAAUGAUAGUGAAGAUUCUCUCAUUGAAGCCUUUGAGACAACGCUUUCGAUAAGACCCAGCACCACGGAGUAUGAAGAAAACGACAUUUCAAUUGACCACACUGUGCUCCCCAACGCUACAGUCAACUAUACCCAUGAUUUAUCCAGCAUUGUCGACGUUGAAGAGCUUGAGGAACAGGAACAAGAGUCGGAGCAGAUCCCCAAGUUUAAAGCUCGCAGGAGGUACAGCUUGCUCCCGACAAUCCAAGCCUACAAGAAAGUGGGAUCGCCCGGGUUUGAAGAGCAUAACUACAGUCUGCAGACGGUGGACCUGAAGUACUAUGAGAUUCUCAAGCCGAGUCCUUUAGUGGAUGAAAAAUUGCUCAAGUACCAGCAUACGUUUAGUGACUUUAUUGAAUCUAACCCGCACAUCAACAAGGAGUCGCCGCGGUUCCAAUUUGACGCAGACAAGACCUUGAUUGUGUUGUCGCCGUAUAGUCCCGAGCACGCGUUUGGCCGAAAAUGGGUCACCAAAUCGUAUCUCGCUACCAUCUUUGAACGGCCUCAACGAUUGUUAGCUUGCUGUAUCGGGGUUGCAGCCGCCAUCACAAUGUACCCUUUUUAUUACAAAUUGAUAAAUUCGACCAAACGGUCCUCGGUGUUUGCCUCGCACGUGAGAAAGAUCCACGGACGCAACUGGCCCAAGAAAUUGUUUGAGCUAUGUUUGGAAAGUCAAGACAAGUUGAAUAAGGACGAGUUGGAAGUUCCCCAGGAUUGGAACUCGGGGGAUAUUUAUUUAACGCCCAAGACGAUCAAUGCCAUUGAGGGCGUCAUAGGGACAAUUGAAACCGCAGUGGAUAAACUUUUCAAGCCGAGUUCACCGCGCAGUUCACUUUCGCCAAGUGGAGUUGCUGAUCUGGGGAAAAAGAACCACAAUUUGGCUUUUGUUGUGAUACGGCCUCCGGGGCACCAUAGCCACGCGUGCUUGCCGAGUGGGUUUUGCCUACUCAAUAAUGUCCAGAUUGGGAUAGAAUAUGCAUUUGAAAAGUAUGGCGUCACUCACGCGGUGAUUUUGGACAUUGAUUUGCACCAUGGAGACGGCUCGCAGGAUAUAUGUUGGGAGAGAGCCGGAUUCACGGGAGAUUAUGGACAGCAAGAAGAAGACGAGAUCAUUGAUCCUAAACUCAACCCACGCGACGACUACGGCAAGCGAUUUGCCACCUAUCCUAAAGUUGGAUACUUUUCGUUACACGAUGUCAAAUCCUACCCGACUGAGCUCGGGUACGCGACAAAGGAAAACAUUAAAAACAGCUCGACUUGUAUAAUGGACCACGACUUGAACAUCUGGAACGUGCAUUUACAGCCGUGGGCCAACGAGGAAGAGUUUUAUAAGCAUUACCUGACGAAAUACGUGGCCAUUCUCAACCGCGCCAACCAGUUUCUCAACAACUCGAAAAAGCAAUACGAGCAAGAAAUCCAGGCGUAUCAAGCUGAGCUCGGCAAAUACACCAAGCUAAUGUCGAGACCCAACUUGAGCGGCGCCGAUGCGCAGAAACUCGAAAAACCGACACCGCCACCGCCAUUCACUCCGCUUAUAGCCAUCUCAGCCGGAUUCGAUGCCUCGGAGUAUGAAAACCCCCAGAUGCAAAGACACGGAAUCAACGUGCCCACGUCAUUUUACGCGUCAUUCACUCGCGACGUGGUCAAACUUGCCAAAUUGCAAACUAACGGCAAGGUGAUUUCGUUUCUUGAAGGGGGAUAUUCGGACGGUGCGUUGUCAACGGGGAUCUUUUCGCAUUUGAUAGGUCUUAACAAUGACGACGAUUUGCAAUGGAACCAUACUUGGGGCUCAGAACAAGUUGUUAAGGAGCUAGUUAAAGGGUGCAAGAAAAACUGGGUGCCUUACAAGCAGCCCAAAAGCGACAUCACGAUAUGGGCUAACGAGGUUAUUAAAUUGGGGAGAAGCAUGAUGCCCAAUGCCAUUUUGCCUGCUAAUCAUAUCUACCGAGAUCUGCAGCUGAACGAGGAACAAGCGAAAGUGGUCAAUAGGAUGAUCAAGGGGUUGAUGGAUAACGACGGCGGCGUUGGGAUUAUCGAGAGUCCCAAGGUCAAAAAAGAUUCAGUUGGCAGUAGCGGUGGUGGUAACGAUGAAAAGGUUGAAAAAAUUAGACAUACUAGAUCGUAUUAUAAACGUGUUUGA